UUAGGGUUCCUUUCUACCAGAGCACCUUGAUGUUUAAAAUCACAUAAUGCUUGCGUUUUCAAGAACACACUUCUCCUCUAUCAGCUUACAAAUAUGAGGUAAAAGUAAAACAGAGAAAACUGCAUGAAAAAUCCACCUUUCUUUAACGAAGUUUAAAUUAUCCGUAGACUACUACCCAUCUCGAGAUAAAUGCAACCUUGAACUGACAAUCAGUAAUUUUUGCUCAUACCCACACUGCUAUGUUAGUCUGUAGCUUUAUCUUAAAGACAGCGCGUUGUUGAACAUAUUAUAUCAUAAUCUAACCUAAAAGGGAAAAAAAAAUAGUGAUACUAAUAAUAUAAAACACUCAGGAAACUUAUUGAUACAAAAGGAAGAAACAACACCAAGGUGAGGGUAGCAAAGAAUUCAUUCGCGUUGUAUGAUUAAGUCCAAAGUUAAUGGAAGGUGAGAUUUGAAUUUUUCCAUUUUAAACUCGUGAUGUGUGAAAAACUGUUCAUAAGUUGGCAACACGUGAUUCACUCAGAGUUGAAUGAGCCACCGCUGACUUCCACUCACCCCAGUUCCCCAGCUAGUUCUAUCUGGCCUACAAUGCAUGUCAAAACUCCUUGCGAAGGUUAUUGAAAACACAUCGUUUAUCUAAAUACAUGACAAAAGAUCCCGUAUACGCAGAACCCCGCCCCCUCUUCUAACAACGUUUGCAAAACCUAAACAGUAACCAGGUCUUGGUAAAGUAUACAAGGUGCACAAAAUUCAACAGUGUUUGGGGGAUGGACGGACUUUGAACCUCCAUUGUGGCUCUUUUUCCAUUUCGCUACCAGUCCUUCUCUUUUAGGAAGUUUAGUUAUUCACGAUGAUUUCAAAUCAUGGAAGAAGCUGUUGCUAUUUCAUUUUGUAUCAUAAAUUUCGUCAAUAAUUGAACAUGACCUUAAUGACGCUUGCUUGGAUCAAUGCUUGAUGUCUGUGUGCAAUUCUUGUGGAGUCACGAACACGCAAUCGUGAAAGGCAUAGAGUGGACAACAGACAAUGGAGGAAAGAGAGCGCUCAAACUCUACCGGUAUUCCACGUGAAGAUGGCAUCAAAGAUAAAAAGAGACAUUUUCCAUCAUCGAGAGAGCUUAGAGUCACUUUCCUGGCUUCAGAAUGGAGAUCAAACGAUGGAAGUCUCUCGGGCAUAAAAAGGGAAUUGGCGGUAAACAUGGCGAAAGAUCCCAAGGUUGAGGUCACUUUCUUUGUACCAAGAUGCGAUGCUAGAGAUAAGGAAGCAGCUAAAACUCAAAGAAUCCACCUUGUUGAGGCUGAAAAGCUGAUAAGUUGUGAUGAACUGGCUUGCCUCAAUUUUCCACCAAAGAAUUUGCUAAUUGAUGUGGUCGUGGGACAUGGCGUUGAGCUGGGGCUUCCAGCACAAGUUAUAAGGAAUUCUCACCAAUCAAGUUCACGAGGAAAGGAAAACGUUUAG